CUUCACUUGGAAAGUUAGAGAAGUUAGAAUUGCACGAUAGGACCAUAUAACGAACGACAUACAAAAGAAAUAACGCGACUGCGUUUGUGAUUUCACUAGAGGAUGUCUUCUUGUGAUCAACCACAACAUGUUCAGCCAUAUCAAUCAGAUGAUGACGCUGAACUAUCGGAGGGAGAAGUGGAUGAGACUGUAGCACCCUUCCUCUCCUCGAGGACCAUUGGCCAGGCAUUAGAAGCUCUCCUGCAAGGAGAGCCCUUGGCCGACACAGAGGUGAUGUGGAGACAGCUGCUGACCUGGUGCCAGACGAUGCGCCUGGAGAACCAGAGUCUCUGGGCUGAGGUGGGGAGACUGCGCUCUCUGUUACAGAUGAGACAUGAGGGAACAUCAUCAGCCUUGACUGUUCCGGUUCCCAUCUGGGAUGGUGCUAGGGAGGUGGUUCCCCACUCUGUGCGUCCAAGAUUUCCUGUGCGCACCACCCUGCAGUUUCGGCCGAGUUGUACGGGGUCAGUUUUAAGCAGGCGUAUUCAUGGUGUCGCCUGCCCCUUCAGCUAUGUGAAGGCUCGUAUAUACCACUCAGAGCCCUCACUGGAUACCACACUACAUGCUUUUGCAUGUGAGAUCGCUGGGAACAAGCCGUGCACUGCAUGCCUGACAUCAGCUCCUCUGCCUGUCCCCCAGGCUGCUUCGUACGCAGAGGUGAACGUCCAGCCUAGCGCUAAUGCGCCCCCAUCACAUUCAGAGGUGCUGAGGGAUGCAUUCUGCCAAAGCAGCACUCUGAGCGUCGGGAAAACUCAAUCUGAGCCCUCUUUGGCUGAGCGGCCUCCUGUUCCAGCACCACAGCUGUUCAACAACGAGCCACCCAGGGCACCUUCUGCCCCGGCUGCCUUGAAUUCUAGUGCUGCCUCUUGCCCUGAAGUGGUCGUCCAGUUUGACAUUGGACUGAGGAGAAAAAAAGAGGAGACACUUUCGAAAUCCUCCCAAAAUGAUCUGGUGGGUUCCGCCAUUGACAGUCUGUCUGAAGAGGAGACGCUUCCGAAAUCUUCCCAAAAUGAUCUGGUGGGUUCCGCCAUUGACAGUCUGUCUGUCAAUGAGUCUGUCUUUGAGUUCAGUGCUAAUGGGCCUAAGCAGGUCCAGCCCCGUCCCACCAAGAUCAAACCUGUUCUGUCCGGGGAUGCAUCCAGAGACCCCCAGCUGAACACUCAGGAGCAGCUGAAGAGAUUGAGAGAGGAGAUGGUGAAAGCUUGUGAAGAUGACCUAGUGGGUCACGAGUACCCUGACGUUGUUGAGUCUGUCCUCGAGUUCAGUGCUAAUAUUAGGGAACUCAACAUCUGCCUGGACUGUUGCUCUGUCCCACACAAAGUGGAAUAUGAGGGUGGUGUCCCUGUGGGACACGCAUGUCACGGCCCUCCCACCAUCCUAGUGUGCCAAAACACUCUGAAAGCCGUGGAGCUGAAGUGUCCUAAAUGUGUUGGGAAGGUGAAAGUGGAGGAAAAGAAAGAAAGAUGGAUGAUGAAGAUCCUGCAGAGGGAACAGAAGGCUAAAGAAAAGCAAGAGAGAAGGCGACUCGCAGAUGAAGAAAAGCAGCUCAUAACAGCAAUGAAGAAACUGGAGAAGCGCACGGCCUCUAAGGAAAAGAAAACACUAAGAAUGGAGAGAAAGAGGGCAAAAGAAGAAAAGAAGAGACGGGAGAAGAAACUUGCAGAGAAGGAGAAGAGAGAGAAGGAAGAACUGGCAGUGAGGAAAAAGAGAGAGAAGGAAGAGUUGGCAGCAAAGAAACAGGAAGAAAAAGAGCAGAAAAAGAUGGAGAAGGAAAUGAGGAAGCAUCUUCUUGAAGAAGAGAAACAGAGGAAGAAAGAGAAGAAAAGGCUGGCUAAAGAAAUCGCUGAUGGCAAAGACAAAGAUGAGAAAAAGAGAAUGAAAGAGGAGAUUGAGGAGAGGAAGAAGAGGGAGAAGGAGGAGAGAAAGGCCUCCAUUGUCUAAAUCUUCAGAGACAAAGUUACAAAAAUACAUGCACCCACCUACAUACAUCACACCAAUUGCACAAAUAACCACAUAUAUUUUUGUAAUGAAUAAGUGGAAACAAGGGGAAAAGAGACAUGGAUGAGAUAGG